AUGAGGCUCGCGCUAUUGCUGUUGGUUGCCGUCUCCGACGUGCUAGCCUCUAGCAUCCAUCAGAAACGCGCUGUCAUCGACCAUGAUGCUGUGAUCGGCUUUCAAGAAACCGUGCCCAAGAGCACCAUUGGCGAGUUGUAUCUGAAAUACAAGCCAUUCUUGUAUGUCGUGAAUGGAUGUGUUCCAUUCCCAGUCGUUGAUGCGCAAGGCAAUACCGGCGGCGGCCUUCAGCCCACUGGCGGAUCAAACAGCGGCUGCUCCGAGAGCACCGGCCAAGUCUACGCCCGCUCAUCCCAUUACAAAGACCGUUUCGCCAUCAUCUACUCCUGGUACAUGCCCAAAGACUCGCCAGCCGAUGGGCUCGGCCACCGCCACGACUGGGAAGGAAUCGUAGUCUGGCUGUCCGACGCCACAGCAUCCGCGACGCUCUUGGGCGUAGCAGCGAGUGCUCACGGAAACUACGAUACUCAGAAACCUCCAUUACUUCAUACCAGCGGUGGCACUCAUCCUCUGAUUCGGUACUUCAGCGUCUUCCCACUGAAUCAUCAGUCGGGCUUCACAUCGGUCAAGGGCCAGGAGCAGCCGCUGAUUGCCUGGGAGGAGUUGACGGAUGCGGCGAGGCAGGCGUUGGAGAAUACCGACUUUGGUUCCGCGACUGUCCCUUUCAAGGACGCAACGUUCGAAAACAACCUGGACGAGGCUCAGCUUGACUGA